AUGAAGUGGCUGAUCCUUGCCCUGGUGUGCCUUCACCUCAGUGAUGCUGUUAUCAAAGUUCGUCUGAAUAAGUUCAAGUCCAUGCGGGAGGUGAUGAAGGAGAAGGGUGUCCUUGAACAGUUUGUAAAGGAGCACCAUUAUGAUCCAGCCAGCAAAUACUUCAACAAUUUUGCUGUUGCAUCUGAGCCCCUGGCUAAUUAUAUGGACAUGUCCUAUUAUGGAGAGAUCAGCAUUGGAACUCCACCCCAGAACUUCUUGGUUCUCUUUGACACUGGGUCAUCCAACCUCUGGGUAUCAUCUGUCUACUGCCAGAGCCAAGCUUGCACAAACCAUCCAUUAUUCAGCCCCAGUCAGUCUUCUACUUAUUCUUCCAAUGGCCAAACCUUCUCUCUGCAAUAUGGGACUGGUAGUCUAACGGGGCUCUUUGGCUAUGAUACUGUAACGAUCCAAGGCAUUUCCAUUUCCAACCAGGAAAUUGGCCUGAGUGAGACUGAGCCUGGCACUAACUUUGUCUAUGCCAAAUUUGAUGGCAUUCUGGGUUUGGCCUACCCUGCCAUUUCCUCUGGCGGAGAAACCACUGUAAUGCAGGGGCUGUUGCAGCAGAACCUCCUUGAUGCUCCCAUGUUCAGCUUCUACCUGAGCGGGCAAGAGAACUCCGGGUAUGGUGGUGAACUUGUCUUCGGUGGCGUUGAUUCCAGCCUAUACUCUGGUCAGAUCGUCUGGACUCCAGUCACCCAAGAAGCUUACUGGCAAAUUGGGAUUCAAAGCUUCUACAUUGGCAAUGAGAUCAGCAACUGGUGCAGCCAAGGGUGCCAAGCGAUCGUGGAUACUGGAACCUCCCUUCUCACUGCUCCACAGCAGGUCUUCGGAGAGCUGAUGCAAUACAUUGGAGCUCAGCAGGACAGCUAUGGCGAGUAUGUGGUCAGCUGCAGCAACGUCCAGAGCAUGCCCACCAUCACUUUUGUCAUCAGUGGAAACAAUUUCCCUCUGAGUCCUUCUGCCUACGUCCUUCCGAGCAAUGGUGCUACCUGCAGGAUUGGCAUCAUGCCCACUUACUUGCCAUCCCAGAAUGGGCAGCCUCUGUGGAUCCUUGGUGAUGUCUUCCUCAGGUCCUACUACUCUGUGUACGAUCUGGGCAACAACCAAGUUGGCUUUGCAGCCGCAGCAUAA